UUAUUGUGCGAAAUUGAUAAUACACGCACGGUGGAGCUCCCGCUUACUUUCCUAUCCACCAAAAAUGGCGGCGAUAAACUAUCUCUGCUACCACCGGCCUCUGCUGAGCCCCUCACCAACGCUCUCCAACUCAAAAAUCCUCUGCAAGAAAAAGAAAAACAAUGCAGCUUUUGAGGAGAAGAAGUCGGUAUUCGUGGACUAUGACACCGGCCAGCACCAUGUCUCUACUCAAGUCUCUGGACUCAGGAAAGCCGACCUUCAGAAACGAUACCGUUUAAAAGUCGAAGGCGACAGGUUCCAGAAGGACUGGAGUCUGUCUCAGGUCGUCGAUAAAAUUCUCCAGCUCGGCCCCAAAUCUGUUGACGUUGAGCGUCUCCUAAACCACUGGGUCGGCCGUUUCGCCCGAAAGAAUUUCCCUUGUCUUAUCAAAGAGAUAACGCAAAGGGGCUCAUUGGAACAUAGCAUUCUAGCAUUCAAUUGGAUGAAACAUCAAAAGAAUUAUUGUGCUCGUAAUGAUAUAUACAAUAUGAUGAUCAGACUACAUGCCAGAUAUAAUCGCACAGAUCAGGCGCGAGGUUUGUUUUUUGAGAUGCAAGAAUGGAGGUGCAAGCCAGAUGCUGAAACUUACAAUGCUCUUAUCAAUGCACAUGGAAGAGCGGGUCAAUGGCGUUGGGCUAUGAAUAUAAUGGAUGACAUGCUGCGUGAAGCUAUUCCCCCUAGUCGGUCGACAUAUAAUAACUUGAUCAAUGCUUGCGGAUCUACUGGAAAUUGGAGAGAAGCUCUGAAAGUCUGCAAGAAAAUGACAGAAAAUGGAGUUGGUCCAGAUCUGGUGACUCACAAUAUUGUUUUAUCUGCAUAUAAGACUGGUGGUCAGCAUCUAAAAGCUUUGUCAUAUUAUGAAUUAAUGAAAGGAACAAAUAUUCGUCCCGAUACAACCACCCUUAACAUUGUGAUUUAUUGCUUAGUAAAGCUCGGUCAAUAUGAGAAAGCUCUUGAUAUUUUCAAUUCCAUGAGGGAGCAGAGAGCAGAGUGCCACCCAGAUAUUGUAACAUUCACAAGCAUCAUCCAUUUGUACUCUGUGAGUGGGCAGAUUGAAAAUUGUAAUGCUGUCUUCAAUAUUAUGCUUGCGGAGGGUCUGAAGCCCAAUAUUGUUUCGUAUAAUGCACUGAUAGGAGCAUAUGCUUCUCAUGGAAUGAGUGAAGAGGCAUUGUCAAUUUUUAAUGAAAUUAAAACAAGUGGAUUUCACCCUGAUGUAGUGUCUUAUACUUCCCUGCUUAGUUCCUAUGGAAGAUCAAAACAACCUAGAAAAGCAAGGGAAAUAUUUAACAUGAUGAAGAGAGACAAGAUGAAGCCAAAUGUUGUCAGCUACAAUGCACUGAUUGAUGCUUAUGGUUCGAAUGGUCUCUUAGGUGAAGCUGUGGAAGUUUUGCGGGAAAUGGAGCAGGAUGGUAUUCACCCAAACAUUGUCUCCAUAUGUACUCUUUUGGCAGCUUGUGGCCGCUAUGGUCAAAAGGUGAAUGUUGAUGCAGUGCUUUCAGCCUCCAAAAUGCGUGGCAUUGAAUUCAACACAAUUGCAUAUAAUUCAGCUAUUGGAAGCUAUAUGAAUGUGGGGGAAUAUGAAAAGGCUGUGGCUUUGUACAAAUCCAUGAGAAAGAAGAAAGUAGCAACUGAUUCUGUUACUUAUACUGUCUUGAUUAGUGGUUGCUGCAAGAUGUCAAAGUAUGAUGAGGCACUUGAGUUUUAUGCAGAUAUGAUGGAUCUGAAAAUUCCUUUGACCAGAGAGGUUUACUCAUCUCUUUUAUGUGCCUACAGUAAGCAGGGCCAAAUCAAAGAAGCAGAAUCUAUUUUCGAUAUGAUGAAGGCAGCUGGUUGCUGUCCUGAUGUAAUUACUUUUACUACAAUGCUACAUGCUUACAAUGCUGCAAAAUACUGGGAAAAAGCAUGUAGUCUACUUCAAGAAAUGGAAGAUUAUAAUAUCCAGCCAGAUACAAUUGCAUGUUCGGCUUUGAUGAGAGCAUUCAAUAAAGGAGGCAAGCCAACAAAGGUUCUUAUUCUGGCGGAUUUUAUGAAAGAGAGAGAAAUCCCAUUCAGUGAUGCCAUUUUCUUUGAAAUGGUUUCUGCCUGUAGCCUAUUACGAGAUUGGAGAAGAACAAUUAACUUGGUGAAAUUGAUGGAACCUUCAUUCUCAGUAGUUUCUAUUGGACUUUUGAAUCAGCUUCUUCAUCUUCUUGGAAAAAGUGGAAAGAUUGAGUUUAUGAUGAAGUUGUUUUACAAGAUCACAAAAUCAGGUGCUGAAAUAAACUUCAACACUCAUUCAAUCUUGUUGAAGAAUCUUGUGGCUGUUGGAAAUUGGAGAAAAUAUAUUGAGGUAUUGGAAUGGAUGGUGGAUGCUGGAAUUCAACCUUCAAAUGGGAUGUAUCAUGAUAUAUUCUCCUAUGUGCAAAAAAGUGGUGGGCCUGAAUGUGCUGCUAUCAUUCAAGAAAGAGUUGAAUCACUAAGAAGAAAAUGUGAGAAUCAAAAUUUCUCUGCCAAGGUGUGAUUCUCAUUUUUCUAGCUUUGUACUGGUCAAAUGGGACAGUAACGUAGAAGCUAUAACCUGCAAGAACGGUUUCUGCCACUCGUAUAACCAGGGUAAAACUUGCCUUGUGUGAUACAGUGAAAAUGGAGCUCAGGACUGGGGUGCCAAAUUCCUUCAUAUAACGUCAGUUACUGCAGGUGUAAUUAGACGUCUGGACUAUGCUUACUAGGAAUUUGCACAUGUGGGCAGGUGUUUUGCUUGCGUGGUCCACGCCUCACUUCCAUCAAUACUGAUGCAGUUCAAGUUAGCACAAGCUUGGGAAAUGAUUAGGAAGACGAUUUUUGUUCCAAUUAGGGAUGUAAUCUUGAGGUAAUAUUUUGCCGCUGCUCCAGGUGAAAUAUUCGGAGCAAAUGCUUAAGUUGAUAAUCUACUAGUCUCAGUUAGAAAUGGAUAUUUUAGCUGCAAUGGCUGGAGUGGAAAUCUUGGGUUGUCUUUAGAUCAAAUCAUGGGAUAGAAUUCAAUUUCAUUAGUAUAAUUCAUUUAAGAUGUUUGGAAUAUUUCUUUAUUAAUAAUUUAGUGAGUUAAUGAAAGGCCUAUGUUCUCUUUA